AUUCAAAUUGACGAAUCUGACAAGUUGACUGACAGCAUACUUACGCUGGAAUGAAAACAACGAAAGUGACAAAGAAAAAUGAAAAUUGAAAAGUUUUACUUACGUCAGUUUGCUGCUACAACCGUUUUUGUUAAAUAAACAGGAAAAAUAAAGUUCAGAACGUCCAGAAUGGAUAAUUCGUGUGGGUUCCAGCUGCUACUGGAUGCUGCCACACAGUUGGAAUGCAGCACUUCGGGAGCUGAAACAACACGUCAUCAGGAUCAUCCGUAUGCUCUAUCUAUUAGCUGCACCGAAGUGAACAGCACCAAAGCAUCCGAAACCUUGAGCGCCUUCUCAGUAAACUCCCAGCCCGUUCGAUCAAAUCUCCCGACACAACGUUUGGCGUUAGCCGAUAUUACUUAUGGGAUUAACCCAUCGCAAGGAGAAAGCUUGCCAAGGAGAAAGCCCAAAAAGGAAUCCUGCGAUAGUUCAACGUAUCUCAGCGUGUCGCAAUGGCUGGAAAACUUGGAUGAUUGUUGUUUUAAUGUUUCCGAGUGCAGCUUUUCGUCCGCCGAUCAGUGUGAUAAUCCAGCUAAUCAUUCGUCGUCGUUCACGCUACGUUCACCUCCAUCCGAGCCUCCGUCCUUCAUGUCUAUUCACCCUCCCGAUGCGAAGCAAUUUAAGAAGGCAGCAACCGGCUACGCUGGCACCGCGCCCUGCGUUCCUGGGCGGAGUUGUGUUGCAAACCAUUCUUGUGAGCUACACCAGAAUCGCGCCUCGUCUGAUCCGAAGCUCGUUGAUCCAGCUGAGCAUACUGAUUCACAACUGCGGCCAAGUUCUCGAUCAAAGCAUCUGUCUCAACCACGAACCACGCCCUACUCUUUGUCGGCAAAAAGCUCCAGCAGCAAUUUCGGAAUUUCUAACCCACCCGAGCGCAGUGCCGCCUCUUUAGUCGUUCCAGCAAACAUUUCCCAUGGUCCCCAAAUCCCAAGCACUGUUCAAGAGCACAGUGAAAUAUUUUCAAAGUCAUUCAACAAAUCAAUCUGCAGAGCAACAACGUCAACACCGAUUCCAACGCGGCCCAAUGAGAUGCAACGAAAAAAAAAAUCAUCGCAACUAUUUGCAGAUGAGACACCUGUGGAUUUAUCCCUUCCAAAGGUUGGUGUUAACAUAGGUCAUGAACCUUCCCAAGACCAGGGCACCAACAGCUCAAUUUGUCGGCCUAUGGAUUUGCGCAUUGCAAAACUUGCAGAUCACGAACUCGAUAAUCAUUACGAAGAGGAUUCCUGUGAUGAAGAAGAUAAUUCUGGAGGCGAUCCGACAUUCCUGAAUGAAUUUUCCAUUUUUGAAUGCUUCGAAGAAUACAGAAAUAUGCAAACCGACGAUGAAGAGUUUCCAGACUCGGACGACGAUAAUUUCGAUUUGCGACCAGCCAUCCAACAGAAGUGCCAAGGUCCAAAAACGAAAAACGAUGCAGGAGAAGGCAGAAGAGAAGAUGAACAAAACGAUUCGAACGAGUUACAGAAAAAUGAGGAAAACGAAACAAUCAAUACCACUCACCAUAAUCUGGAAAACGAAUUAAAUGAUCCGAAAAUCAAAAAGGUCUCGUUAAGAGUCCGAAACAAACAGCUCAAACUCAAAGGAAUGUCGUACACAAGGCCCGAUGGUACCGUGGUUCCCGCUCGUUCUGUUAAGAAGGGAUGCGAAUGCAAAAUGAAAUGUAGCGAGAAAUAUUCGGACAAUGUCAGACAACAGCUGCUUCGAAAUCUUCUGGCUCUCAAAAUGUCAGGACAAAACCAAUUUAUUGCCAAUCAUAUGAUAAUCACCAAAACGGCUCAUCCAAAGGUAAGGGCCUGUCCAUAA